UCAUGCUGCUGCCAGGUCCAGAGUCUCUCAUGGGUCCCUGUACGGCCUCCCAUUGCUGCUGUCUCCAUCGCCACACUCUGCCAUGUGCCACUUUCAGGUCUCCUCACACUGCUGGUGGGUUCCAUUUUGUCAUAGGGUGCUGGCAGAUUACGGGCCUCCCAUUGCUGCUGCCAGGCCCGUAAUCUGCCAUGGGCCCCCGUACCGCCUCCUCAUGCUGCUGCCAGGCCCGUAAUCUGCCAUGGGCCCCCGUACCGCCUCCUCAUGCUGCUGCCAGGCCCGUAAUCUGCCAUGGGCCCCCGUACCGCCUCCUCAUGCUGCUGCCAGGUCCAGAGUGUCUCAUGGGUCCCUGUACGGCCUCCCAUUGCUGCUGUCUCCAUCGCCACACUCUGCCAUGUGCCACUUUCAGGUCUCCUCACACUGCUGGUGGGUUCCAUUUUUGUCAUAGGGUGCUGUAUGGCCUCCCAUUGCUGCUGCCUCCACCGCCACACUGUGGCUCCACACUCUGGUUUUGGCCCCGUGACUGCCCAAAUGAGUGAAGUGUGCGGUGAUUCUAAGAUCGACGGCACUCAUCUGCAUGUCAUACUGACUGACAGUAUUAUUUCUCUUCCCCAGCAGACUCCAAGGCAUUUAAAUUAAAGGUACAGUGUUCUGCACUAAUAUAA